CCGGGGCAGCCCAGCGGGUCCGCCGGGAGCACCCGCGCGGCCCCCGCUCCGGGUGAGGGGAGCGGAGCGGGGCACGGCGGGCAGCGGUGCCGCCGCCGCCACCGCCACCAUGUCCGGGCGCGGCCACAACAAGCUGCCGACCACCGAGCGCAUCGUCAAGGCUGUCCCGUUCCCUCCCACGCAGCGGCUCACUCUGAAGGAGGUGUUUGAGGAUGGGAAACCGAGGCUCGACGUCCUCAAGAGCCACUUGGUGAAGGAAGGGAGGCUGGAGGAGGACGCGGCGCUGAAAAUCAUCAACGACGGCGCCGCCAUCCUGAGGCACGAGAAAACCAUGAUCGAGGUGGAGGCUCCAAUCACAGUGUGUGGUGACAUCCACGGGCAGUUCUUUGACCUGAUGAAGCUGUUUGAAGUGGGAGGAUCACCCAAUAACACCCGCUACCUCUUCCUGGGGGACUACGUGGACAGAGGCUACUUCAGUAUAGAGUGCGUGCUGUAUUUAUGGAGUUUAAAGAUAAAUCAUCCCAAAACGUUGUUCCUCCUUCGAGGGAACCACGAGUGCAGGCACCUCACAGAAUAUUUCACCUUCAAGCAGGAAUGUCGAAUCAAGUACUCGGAGCGAGUGUACGACGCGUGCAUGGACACCUUCGACUGUCUUCCUCUUGCUGCCCUCCUCAACCAGCAAUUCCUGUGUGUCCACGGGGGCCUGUCUCCAGAAAUCACGUGUCUAGAUGACAUUAGGAAAUUAGACAGGUUCAAGGAGCCUCCAGCCUUUGGUCCGAUGUGUGACCUGCUGUGGUCGGAUCCCUCGGAGGAUUACGGCAACGAGAAAACCCUGGAGCACUUUGCCCACAACACUGUCCGAGGCUGCUCCUAUUUCUACAGUUAUCCUGCAGUGUGUGAAUUUUUGCAGAACAAUAGUUUGUUAUCCGUAAUCCGAGCUCACGAAGCCCAGGACGCUGGGUACCGAAUGUACAGGAAGAGCCAGACCACGGGCUUUCCCUCGUUAAUCACAAUCUUCUCUGCACCAAAUUACUUAGAUGUCUAUAACAACAAGGCUGCUGUACUGAAAUACGAAAACAACGUCAUGAACAUCAGGCAGUUCAACUGUUCCCCUCACCCCUACUGGCUUCCAAACUUCAUGGAUGUCUUCACAUGGUCUUUGCCUUUCGUAGGGGAAAAGGUCACCGAGAUGCUCGUGAACAUCCUCAACAUCUGCUCCGAUGACGAGCUGAUUUCGGAUGGCGACGAGACCUUGGAAGGUGGGACAACGGUGCGCAAGGAGAUCAUCAGGAAUAAGAUCAGAGCCAUUGGGAAGAUGGCACGGGUCUUCUCAGUCCUUCGGGAGGAGAGUGAGAGCGUGCUGACCCUCAAAGGCCUGACCCCCACAGGUACCCUGCCCCUGGGAGUGCUCUCGGGGGGGAGGCAGACCCUGCAGACCGCCACAGUAGAAGCGGUAGAGGCACGGGAAGCCAUCCGCGGCUUCUCCCCGCAGCACAAGAUCCGCAGCUUCGAGGAGGCGCGGGGGCUGGACCGCAUCAACGAGCGCAUGCCGCCGCGCAAGGAUUCCCUGCACUCGGACGGCCCCGUGAACUUGGUAACCUCGAACUCUGCGGACAAGAACGGCACGGGCAAGAAACCCCAGUAACGCCAGAGGAUCCAAAACUUCAUGAAUUUUAUUUAUUUAUUA